ACAGUAACAGAAGGCGUCUUCACCAGAGUCACUACAGAAGUUCUACACACAACUAUUUUGGACAGCUGUUGAACUACACGCGCGUACAAUCUAAACUCGAUGUGAACAUGCCGGGAAAGUUGUCUUACGAAACCCAAAACUUUCUCUGAACUACAUUCAACUUUGAACGUUUUUUUCCAAGACGUUUUGCAUCGGACCAUCCGCAGGUUUUCAACUCCAGGACCUCUCCGGAUCCAUAGGACCGACCGUAUAUCUGCGCUGAGGGAAUCCCAUUGCGAUUCGAGUGAUCAGUAGUGACACCAAUCAUGGGCAGCAAAACUCUUCCAGCCCCGGUUCCCCUCCACCCCUCUCUGCAGCUGGCCAACUACUCCUUCCUCCAGGCCUCCAAUGGCUUCCAGCUGCCCACGGACCAGGUCCCUGGCAUCUAUAGCUUCAGCGCCCUGCACGCCAUCCACCUCCACCAGUGGACCCUCGGCUACCCUCCCUUUGGUGUCCCCCGCUGUACUUUCUCCAAGCUCCCAGCCCUGAUGGACGGCCGCUUCCCCGGCUUGCCUUCCAUCCCUAUCUUCCCCCACCUGGUCCAGCACAAGGACCAGGCCACUGCGGCCGCCACAGCAGCUACCGCCAUGAAUCUCCUUCAGGGCUCCAAGAACAAGCCCCAGCCACGCUUCGACUUCGCCAACCUGGCCACCGCCGCCACCCAGGAGGACCCGUUGAAGGCAGAGGACCUGAGCAUAACAGGGGCAGCCGCCGCCACUUCUCCUCGCCAUGGCGGGCUAGGCUGUCUCAUAGAUGUAGCCAAGCUGUCGUCGCCCGAGCGCAAGCCUAGCCGUGGUCGCCUUCCCUCCAAGACCAAGAAGGAGUUUGUGUGCAAGUUCUGCGGCCGCCACUUCACCAAGUCCUACAACCUGCUUAUCCACGAGCGGACGCACACGGACGAGAGGCCGUAUACCUGCGACAUCUGCCACAAGGCUUUCCGGAGGCAGGACCACCUCCGAGACCACAGGUACAUCCAUUCCAAAGAGAAGCCCUUCAAGUGCCAGGAGUGUGGAAAGGGAUUUUGUCAGUCCAGAACUCUAGCUGUCCACAAAACGCUGCACAUGCAGGUGAAGGAACUAAAGCCAUCCAAGAUUAAGUGAUGUCAAUACAUAAAAAAGAGACUAGGGGACACUGGAAACAAUAACGGUGAAGACUAUAAAGGAGAACAAGACAAAAUGACCAAAGACAGGGGACAUUGUGGGGCUGGCCAAAGACGGGGGGACAUUCUAGAGCUGACCAAAGACGAGGGAGUUUGUGGAGCUGACCAAAGACGGAGGGACAUUGUGGAACUGACCAAAGACGAGGGAGUUUGUGGAGCUGACCAAAGACGGGGGGACAUUGUAGAGCUGACCAAAGACGAGGGAGUUUGUGGAGCUGACCAAAGACAGGGGGACAUUGUGGAACUGACCAAAGACGGAGGGACAUUGUGGAACUGACCAAAGACAGGGGACAUUGUAGAGCUGACCAAAGACAGGGGAGUUUGUGGAACUGACCAAAGAUGGGGGGACAUUGUGGAACUGACCAAAGACAGGGGACAUUGUAGAGCUGACCAAAGACAGGGGAGUUUGUGGAACUGACCAAAGACGGGGGGACAUUGUGGAGCUGACCAAAGACAGGGGAGUUUGUGGAACUGACCAAAGACGGGGGGACAUUGUGGAGCUGACCAAAGACAGGGGAGUUUGUGGAACUGACCAAAGACGGGGGGACAUUGUGGAGCUGACCAAAGACAGGGAGUUUUUGUGGAACUGACCAAAGACGGGGGGACAUUGUGGAGCUGACCAAAGACAGGGGAGUUUGUGGAACUGACCAAAGACGGGGGGACAUUGUGGAACUGACCAAAGACAGGGGACAUUGUGGAGCUGACCAAAGACAGGGGAGUUUGUGGAACUGACCAAAGACGGGGGGACAUUGUGGAGCUCAAGUACCUGGAACAUAGAAUGAGUAGAACAUCUCUGAACUUGAACCAAACUGAAGUUCUCUGAACAGAAGAAAAGUGAUAGAAAAGGUUAAAUGUUCACCAACAAUUCACCAGCCAAGGAAGGAAGCCGUUUGUGCUCAUCGUGGGGAAUGAUUCUUCAGAGAGAUUUGAAAAUCCUGGAUCUCUAUGAUGUAUCCAGACAAUAUCCAGGAGCACCUUGUACCAGAUCUAAGUUGUUUUUCCACAUUUAGUUAAGAGAUAAUUAUGCUUAAUGACUUUGAGGCAGUGUAUUUGGUUGUCCAUGAUGAAGCCCAAUGUGGCGAAUGGACCAUACAUCAUAGAUGUAUGGAAUGUGAUCUUGACCUCUCUGACAAAGUUGACCUCUCAGACAUUCCGAAAGACUCUUGCUUUUGAUCAAAAUGACAUUUUUUUUUUAAAGGGACAUUUAUGAGUCUAAAGCAGUCUUUGUUAAAAAACAAAACAAACAAAAAAACAACUAAAUUGGUUAAAGUCAUGUCAGCGUAAUGUUAUUCCACUUCCAAAGCUUACAUUCCAAUGUCAUUUUUUUGUAUAAUUGUAUUUUUUGCACUUUAACCUGAUUAUUGAUUAUUUACAUAUAUCACUGGAUUCCUAAAACUUAUUUUGAGAAAAUAAAUAGUAAUUUUCUAAACAAAAUCUA